ACUGACUGCCAUCCUACUCCUCCUCCUCAUCAUCAUCAUCAACUGUGUGGCUGCUAAGUGUUCCCCCGAUGUACAGCUGCAGCAGCACUCACCCUACAGGCGCAGUCUGAUCAUCAGCCCAUUGGCGGUAGAGGCAGCAGCGGGCAGCAGGGUGUCAUUGUGACAGGCGAGGGGGGGAGGGAGCCGGUGACAUCUCUAGAGUUGAGCAAUGCAGAGAAUCUGGCUACAGGCAGCAGGAUGAGGAAGGAGGACGCAGUGUUGCUGUGGGUGAAGGCUGCUGAUGGCUCCUGCAUGGCUUAAGGGACAUUCAGCUCAGCCCUGAGAAGAAGCCGCGCCAGCACUGCUCUCCCCUAGCGAUGCGCCUAUAAACGGUGGCAGAUUCAUAUAAAGGGAUUAGCAGCUGGAGAUGCUUCAGCAGUUGCUGAACUACAGCUCACCCCACAAGGGAUGUGUAAAGCAGAAUAAACCCGUGACUGCCUCUGACCCGUGCCAGUUCUGAAGACCAUGGCUCAGAAGCUGUCUCCAGAUGACGCCUUUGAAAGGAGGGCACGGGAUUCUGUCUCUUCUCUCGACUCAGAUAAACUGCCCACAGCAGAAGCAACAGGCGAGGAGUCAUCUGAUAGCGAAGGAGAGGAACAAGAAGGUAUCUCCCACAAACUCAUCCGCAAGGUGUCUACUUCUGGGCAAAUACGGAGCAAGAAGAGCGUGAAAGAGGGAAUCCUGCUAAAACAGACCAGUUCCUUCCAGAGGUGGAAAAGGCGAUAUUUUAAACUACGAGGAAGAACACUUUACUAUGCUAAGGACUCAAAGUCUCUCAUUUUUGAUGAAGUUGAUCUCUCAGAUGCCAGUGUGGCUGAAACCAGCACCAAGAAUAUUAACAACAGCUUCACAGUCAUCACCCCAUUCCGCAAGCUCAUUCUGUGUGCUGAGAACAGAAAGGAGAUGGAGGACUGGAUUGGAGCCCUGAAAUCGGUGCAAAAAUGGGAGCUCAAUGAGACAACCCAGUUUAAUAUGGAACACUUUUCUGGAAUGCACAACUGGUACGCUUGCUCCCAUGCUCGUCCCACCUUCUGUAAUGUGUGCAGAGAGGCACUGUCUGGAGUCACAUCCCAUGGGCUGUCCUGUGAAGUCUGCAAAUUUAAAGCUCACAAGCGGUGCGCUGUGCGGGCCACAAAUAACUGCAAAUGGACAACACUAGCGUCUGUGGGAAAUGAUAUCAUAGAGGACGAAGAUGGAGUGUCAAUGCCUCACCAGUGGCUAGAAGGCAACCUGCCAGUCAGUGCCAAGUGUGAAGUGUGCGACAAGACAUGUGGAAGUGUGCGGAGGCUGCAGGACUGGAGGUGCUUGUGGUGCAAAGCUAUAGUGCAUACAUCCUGUAAGGAGCAGCUGGGCAAAAUCUGCCCUCUUGGACCUUGCAGAGUCUCUAUUAUCCCUCCUAUCGCUCUGAAUAGCAUUGACUCUGAUGGGUUCUGGAAGGCGACCUCACCUGCCUCAUGUGCCAGCCCCCUACUCGUCUUUGUGAAUUCCAAGAGUGGAGACAACCAGGGUGUGAAAUUUCUACGGAAGUUCAAGCAGUUCCUUAACCCUGCGCAGGUCUUUGAUCUCAUGAAUGGGGGGCCACAGCUGGGGCUGCGCUUGUUCCAGAAAUUCUCUAACUUUCGUAUACUGGUGUGUGGUGGAGACGGCAGUGUUGGGUGGGUCCUGUCCGAGAUUGACAAGUUAGGACUGCAGAAACAGUGCCAGCUAGGAGUUCUGCCACUGGGCACAGGGAACGACUUGGCACGGGUGCUGGGUUGGGGAAGUCUGUGUGAUGAUGAUGCUCAGCUACUACAGAUUCUAGAGAAGCUAGAACGUGCCACCACCAAAAUGCUUGAUAGAUGGAGCAUUUUAACAUAUGAGUCCCCAAAGCACUCUCCCCCAUCCAUCAGAGAGGAGGAGAAUGGAGAGGCCAGAUUUCAGGUACAGAUAUCCCAGUAUGCUGAGUCUGUUGCCUUUCACCUGGCUAAAAUUCUGGAGUCAGAUAAGCACUGUGAUGUCAUUUCAUCUGCCAAGUUCCUGUGCCUUUCAGUAAAUGAUUUCAUCACUGAAGUUGGGAAGGCGUAUGCUAGGGCAGCAGAAAACCGUGAAGACUCAGAUAACAUGGCAAGAAAGUGCACAAUGCUAAAUGAGAAGCUGGAGUCCCUGGUUCGGGCCCUUAAUGAAGAGUCACAAGCAUUACUGGCUCCCCCAUUACAGAGCCUGCACCCUGACUCUGCCUUGAAGGAAAACAGCAAGGAUGUAAAUGAGAAGGAAAAUCACAUGGAGGACAUGGCUAAAAUAUUCAAGUCUAAGGAGCAGCUCAUGCUGAGGGCCAACAGUCUAAAGAAAGCUCUGAAACAGAUCAUAGAGCAGGCAGAGAAAGCUGUGGAUGAGCAGAACAAACACACACAGGUUUACAGCACACCCAUGUUAUCACCCAUUCAGAAGGAGAGCUCUGAGGAGUUCAGCAAGGAAGGAGAGAGUCUAGCUUCCAGGCGUGGGACUAUCUCAUCGACCACAUCCUCCAUCAUCCUGGACCGACCUUACACCCUCAGUCCCCUGCACUUUAGCGAGGAUGCUAUCCAGUUCUCAGAAAGAUGCACUAUGAAUAAUUAUUUUGGCAUUGGCCUGGAUGCCAAGAUAUCACUGGAGUUUAACAACAAAAGAGACGAGCAUCCCAAGAAGUGCAGCAGUCGGACACGGAACAUGAUGUGGUACGGUGUGCUGGGUACCAGGGAGCUCCUUCAGAAAACCUACAAGAAUCUGGAGCAGCGUGUCAAGCUUGAGUGUGACGGGGAACCCAUCUCUCUGCCAAGCCUUCAGGGUAUUGCUGUUCUGAAUAUCCCCAGCUAUGCUGGUGGCAUUAACUUCUGGGGAGGAACCAAAGAGGACAAUAAUUUUGGCGCUCCGUCGUUUGACGACAAAAAGCUGGAGGUGGUGGCUGUGUUUGGGAGCAUCCAGAUGGCCAUGUCACGUGUCAUCAAUCUGCAGCACCAUCGUAUUGCUCAGUGUCGGGUGGUGAAAAUCACAAUCCUCGGAGAAGAAGGUGUACCUGUACAGGUGGAUGGAGAGGCUUGGGUGCAGCCUCCUGGAAUCCUGAAAAUCCAACACAAGAACCGGGCACAGAUGCUCACUAGAGACAGGGCUUUUGAGAACACCCUGAAAUCCUGGGAAGACAAGAGAAAGGGAGAUAAUUACAGGGCUAUGUCCCGUCCAAGGCUUCAUUCUCAGCAGUCAAUGGAGUAUCUCACAGAGGAAGAGUUUGCACAGCUGCAGCACCUGGCUAACUCUGCCGAGAAUCUCAUAAGCCGGAUCCGGGAAGCAGCCAAGUGUUACAAGGCUGUUGAGCAGGAGUUGGCCCAUGCUGUGAAUGGGAGCUUUGUGGUGCUCAGUGAAGCUUUCUCCAACAAAACCAUCAACUCUCCUGAGUUGCUGAGCAGAAAUGCAGCUGUGGAUGUUGCCAUAAGUGUGAAGGCAUUAUAUACAGAGACAAAGGCUUUCCUGGAGAGCAAGCAGCAGUGGGAGUCUCCCCAGGAGGAAGAAGGGCUUCUCUGUUCCCUGAAUACAGUGGGCCACAACUUGGAGAGACUGACGGAUAUCCACUGGAUCUCACACAUCCUCAAACCAUCUGAGGAGGAGAGCACAGGAGUAGGCAACAAGGGCAGCUUUAAAUUGCGAAUAAUUCCAAAACCAAAGAAGGAAAAGGAGAAGUGCCAGAAGCAGAAAUCAAACAGCUCUUUAACAGUGGAUAAAUGGGGCAUAGAGGAGGUGGCGACGUGGCUGGACGUUUUGGGUUUAGGGGAGUACAAGGAGAUAUUUAUCCGCCAUGAUAUCCAAGGCUCAGAGCUGGUGUUACUGGAAAGGAGAGAUCUGAAGGACCUGGGGAUAGCCAAAGUUGGUCAUAUGAAGAGAAUUUUACAGGGUAUUAAGGAUAUAACCACCCCCAUGUAAUGUGGAUGCUUACUUGUCCCUGAUCACUAGCUCAGCAAAAAGGACAUACGAAGCAAAGUGCAUCCUGUGCAUAAUACCUGGUUAUAACUGGAAUGUUCCUGUGUGAUUUGGCCUCAAAACGUUAUAUUCAGCAGAACUCCAGACACCCGCCACAGACUAUAUUAACGGAACAAAAUAAUUGUCACAUGGACCCAUGCAUUUCAAUACAAGUCUAAACAGAGUUCUUUUCUAAGAUUCAGCCACUUAAGGUCUGUGCUAACCAAGGCAUAGAUGCAAAAUGAUGACCUAUGUUUACUUGAGAAUUCCGGUCAAGCAUAAGCUCAUGUUUAACUCCUUCAGCACCUGAUGAAUGCUAAACAUGAUACAAAAAGCUUAACCUUAGUUGCUAAGCCUAGCGUUUCCAUAGCUAUCACUAAUCUCAGACCUUGUAAACCCUCAAAGUAUCAAAUUAAAUCAGAGGUCUAGGCCUUUUUUAGGAACCCCGUGACCCUGGAUUAUGCCCGGACUUCAAUAUUAAAAUAAAGGCUAACCAACGACAGCAACAUCUGAAUGGUUUUGCGAAGGAGCUGGAAUGGACUGCACAUUUUGCUGCAUGUAAUAUAAAAGAAAUAACAAAGAUAAUGUUUACCUAUUCUACGUGUCAUAUAUUGUUUUGUGAAGAUGUAACUUGUCAACUGUGGGCCUAGAACUUAUGAACUUAUUAUCAACGUGAAUGUACAGUUAAUUGAAGCAAUAUUUAUUGGUGGAGUAGCGACUAUUUGAAGUAAUAUUGUGAACAGUGGAUGUUUGCUCUCUGUGUACUGGAACCCACAUCAUCCCUUUUCAUCAAUCCUUUCAACAGAGCCAGAUUCCCAAUUUCAGGACACAACUAUUUCAGUGUGAAAAAAUAUAUAUAUUCUUAAAAAUACAGGGAGGAAGAAGCAUUUUGUACUUGCCAAGUCUCUCAUAGACUGGUGGGGUACAGGAUGGCUAGGUGUCAUAGACAAUUUCAUAGACAUUUCACAUAAAUUCCUUCAUAUUUCAUAGAUAUCCUCAUGUGAGGAAGACAGUCGAUAUAAACCAACUUGGACAAAGAAGAAGACAAAUAGAUCAGAUCAGUCAGGUAUAGGUGCACACUGUAGAACUUUAAACCACAAGGCUUUAAAAUGAGAGUGCUGGAAAAAUGGAAAAGCAACACUGAGAUUUAUUGGCCAUGGAAAAUACACUCUUUGACCAUAACUAAUAAGAUCAUACUGCAGUUGAUUCCAAGCAAUAGGGCCUGGAGUAGUGGCAGGUAGGGAUGGGCGAAUUUGACCCAUUUAGUUUUGCCAAAAAUUUGCUGCCGGCCCAUAAAAGUCUAUGGGCAUCAAACAAAUUUUGAGGGUUUUUUUUUCUUUUUUUUUUGACGCACGACGCCAUACAAGUCUAUGGGCGUCAUUUCUGCGGGGAAAUAAGACCAAAACAUUUGCCCAUCCCUAGUGGCAGGGGCAGCUAAGCCAGGAUGGCUCCAGUUAGGAUAACAGUUGGGGAGAAUGCCUACUAUUUGCUCUCCUAGACAGACCUGAAUGCCCAGCUUCAAGUUUGAGAUUCAGGUGGAACCUCAUUUGCAUAGUAGAUAUUCUUGGAAUUUAUAGCUGAGUGACUGUCAAACAAUCCUUUCCUAUAUCUAUAACAUUAUUAUGAGUUAAGGGCAUCCCUGACCAAAAGUUGCACCUUCAAUGCAAGAUUGAACUAAAAAUGUCCUUGCUGGUGCCCCAGCACUAUAGGAAAAGAAAACAAAUAAAUAAAAAUGGCCACCUUUCCCAUGAACUGUCAGUAGAUAGAUUUUCCUCCUGUAUGUUGCCCUAAACAAUACAUUCCCUUGCCUCUGGUUACAUUCCAGUUCAGCAUAGUUCCGUGUUCCUCUCCACCUCAUCCUAGAACCAUACACCAGCGCUAAUUGGCUUUAGCUUAUUAAAAGAAGCAUAACAAUGUCUUUGUGCUUUAUGGUGUGUUGAACUUUAAGCUUGUUUCCUGGGCAGUGCUCCUGUAGAAGACCAAAGCCUAGGCACAUCUGCAUUCGCUAUCCCUGAGGUGGGCAAGAGAUAACCGGAGCUUACAUUCAGCUCUUACUUAAAAGCCUAGUUUUACGACUAUGAAAACUGUAAAAACACUCUUUAUCUGCAGAUCUGUCAUAUGUUGAAUAGUGACGCCUUAUCUCCCAAAAUGCCCUCUACCCUUUAUGGAAUACUCUUCUCAUUGUAAAGUGCAUAAUAAACAUGUAAAAGUGCAAA